UCGUCAUCGGCGCGCGACUCCGGGAGUUGUGUGAAAGUUGUGUGAAUGUUGUGAUUGUGCGUGCUUUGUGUGCGUGUAGUUAUGAGUGUCGUUCAUCGAGCAUUAAAGACACACUUCGGCUUCGAGAAGUUUCGCUCUCGGCAGCAGGAGGAGGCCGUGAACGCGCUGCUGCAGGGUGACAGGGAUGUGUUUGUGUGUAUGCCCACUGGAGCUGGCAAGUCUCUGUGUUAUCAGCUGCCGGCUCUUAUGGCCAGUGGAGUCACUCUGGUCAUUUCUCCUCUGAUCGCCCUCAUUCAGGAUCAAGUGGAGCACCUGAAAGCUCUGAAUGUUCCAGCGCGCUCCAUCAACUCCAAACUGCCCCUGGCCGAGCGCCGCCAGAUUCUGGCCGAUCUGGAGAGCGAAACUCCUCGGCUCAAGCUGCUCUACAUCACCCCAGAGAUGGUGGCGUCUCCAUCCUUCCAGCCCGUCCUGAGCUCGCUGUCUUCGCGGGGUCUGCUGGGGUACCUGGCUGUAGAUGAAGCUCACUGUGUCUCUCAAUGGGGUCAUGAUUUCAGACCCGACUACCUGAAGCUGGGAGACCUGCGCUCUCGUCUUCAGGGCAUCCGCUGUAUCGCCCUCACAGCCACGGCCCCCAAAAGAGUGAAGGAGGACAUCGAACGCUCGCUCAGACUGCGCUCUCCGCUAGUCUUUUCCACACCGGUGUUCCGGAAAAACUUGAAGUAUGAUGUGAUAUUCCGUGAUUUGUUGCCUGAACCCUACGUACACCUGCUGGCGUUUGCUAAAGAGGCUCUGGGUGGAAAUACUGCUGAAAAGGGAUGUGGGAUUGUUUACUGUCGAACGCGAGAGAGUUGCGAGGAAGUGGCUCAUAAGUUGACCAAAUUAGGAAUCGCAGCCAAGCCCUACCAUGCAGGGCUGAAGUCGGGCGAUCGUUCGGAGAAUCAGGCAGAUUGGAUGGCUGAUAAAGUGCCUAUUAUUGUGGCCACCAUCAGUUUUGGUAUGGGAGUGGACAAGGCCAACGUCAGGUUUGUAGUUCACUGGAAUCUGGCAAAGUCUCUGGCCAGCUACUAUCAGGAGUCUGGACGCGCUGGACGCGAUGGUCUGCCGUCGUCCUGCAGGAUUUACUACUCACCCAAAGACAGAGACCAGCUCAACUUCCUCAUCCGCAAAGAAAUCUCCCGCAAACAGGAGAAGCGAGGAUCAGAGAAAGAGCAGGAUAAAGCGCCCAUCCUGGACUUUGAGGCCAUGGUGGCUUUUUGUGAACAGGAAGGGUGCCGACAUGCCACCAUCUCAACGUUUUUUGGCAACGAGAAACCCAACUGUGCAGGAGCGUGUGAUUUCUGUCGUGACCCCAAACUGGUGCGUGCUCAGCUGGCCAGAGCAGCUGCCCUGAGCACCAGAACCAACCCAACACACAGCGCAGAGCCUAGAGGACCAUUCGGAUUCGAUCCUGAGCUGUACGCCGGAGGAAGAAAGGGUUACGGGUUCGAGAGGCAUGAUGAGGAGUAUGGCAGUGAGGAAGAUGACUCUGAGAAGAGGAAGAAACAGUUUGGAGAUCUCUUCAAGAAGCAGAUGAGCUUGAGAAAGGGAUCAGAUGCACCCAAAGAGACGUUUGUUCCUCCAGAUGCGGACUGUGUGUUGAAGGAUGCCAGCAGUCAGAGGAUCCCCAGACUCACAGUGAAGAGUCGAGAGCACUGUUUGUCUCUCCUGCAGGAGUGUCUGAGCAGCCACAGUGGAGACGCAGAGUUUUUACACCGCUCUGAGGCUCUUGAUCAGGCCGUGGACAUCGAACACGAGAUCUUCAAGAGCAGUAAAUCUGCAAACAUCUACAAAGCUGCUGUUCUCAAGAGAGUGUCAGAGAUGAAGAAGAGCACAUCUGUGAGCGUCACUGAGGAGAAACCGUGUGAAUCUGCAGAGGAGAAGCCGACCUGCUCCUCGUCUGCUCAACAUCUGGACGGCUUCACUUCAGCCUCUCAGAUAUACUCGCUGAAGAGGAAGCGUGUGGGAGCGGGAUUUCGAGGCUCGUCCAGCCUGUUUCAGCCAGCUGGAGAUCUCCUCAAGAGCUCCGACCAAACACCUGGAGACUCCACCUGCGAGGAAGAGAGCGGGAAAACACAGAAGGACAACAACAACACGUCUUCCAUCAAAGCCAAAAGCGGCAGCUCUUCCUCCCUAAACAGCCCAAGCAAAAAGCUCAGCAGGAAGCAGCAGAAACUGGCGGAAGCGGCCCGAGACACGCGCCUCAUCUCACUGUACUUCGGGAAAAAACAAGCUCAGAGGGAGAGUUCACCAGAGCCUGAGGAGACUGAAGAUGCGUGUGAGGAUCGCUCGGCUUCAGCUAAUGGCGUCCACACACUGAGCAGCUCGUCUGUAGAUGCAGAGAGAGCGGCUCAGGAGAGUCUCUGCGAGGUCACUGCACAUGCCGAGGAUUACGGAGAGAAUCAGCAGAGUGACGGCCAGCGGAAAUCCCCAAAACAAGCACAUGAGGACAGGUCUGAGGUCAGAGCUCCGUCUCCUCCAGUCAAACGCAGGCGUGUGCUGAAGGACACGAAGAGGGUGACCUUUGACCCGGUGGUGCAGGAGACGCAGGUGGAGGCUCUGAAUGGAGACGGUGCUGGGAUCUCGAGGAAGCCUGUGACGCUCAAAGAAGCUGCUGACAUAGUGGUGCGCUGCCUCGACCCCUUCUACAAACAAGGAAAGUUCGCCACUAAGGAUUUGUUCAAAUCGUUCGCCCGGUUCCUCUCCCAUCUCCUCACCGAGGGAAAAACACCAAAUCGAGGCCAAGUAAAGCUGGAAGCGAAACGGCUCAUCAAGCGCUUUUUCAGCAGGACGGUGCGCUGUGAGAGCGAAUCGGACUGGAUGUUACUAAAGACACAGGACAGAUAGUGGCCGGUGUGUGUGUUUGUGCGCUGUCAGAGAUGCUGCUUUUUAUCUCAGGUGUUCUCAUUGUGAGGCCUACGCAUACAUUGCACAUUCAUAUGAACUGCUGAAAUCCACUGCUCUUGAAGUCAACAGACCGCAGUCUCUGUUAUGUAGCAUUAGCAUUGUAAUGCACUUCGAGUCGGAUGAACUGUAUCGAAAAGUACAUUAAAGGACAACCGUGUGCAAAUGGAAAAUGGAGCCGUGCUGAAUAAUUGAUGGUGUAAUUGGUAAGUUUAUUUGUCUUUUGGUGGAACUGCACUUUUUCAGUGGCAAGUAUUUUUAUCAAUACACUUUAAAUAGGGGUUUCAAACUUGCCAUAUACUGCUUUGAUUCAAUAAGCUACAUUUCUCUUUGAUAUCUACAUAGUAGGCUUAGGUAAGCUCAAAACUUUUCCAAAAGCGGUUUAUAUGCGUUUUUAUUACUCCAUAAAAUACUCUUAGAAUCAGAAGGUCCUUAUUGACCUUAUUUGGAAGGGUCGUGAUUAUGAAUCUUAUAUAAACCACCAGACCAAAGUAACCUAUUUUUGCUCCUGAGCUGUCUUGAGGUCUAAUUAUAAUACACUGCUCGUUCAAAAAAAAAAAAUCACCUGGAUUUAACCAAGACAUUAUUUUUACACAUGGAUUGGCCACCAAAGCAUCCAGACUCUAACCCUAUUGAGAAUCUUUGGCAUGUGCUGGAGAAGACAUCGGUCUGACUGUUCUCAUCUUCAAUAAAGAUCUUGGCACAGAAAUAAUUGCAAAUGCGACAAGUAGUAAGUCAUCCGGGUACUUAUCAUCUACUGUUUUUCAAAUGCUAUGAAUUCGGACAUACUACUUGACUCGCAUACAGUUUUCAAUGUACUAUAUAGUAGGGAAGUAAGCACAGCUAUUUUACUAUCCCAUGAAGUCACAAUAAAAUAUUUUUGAAUGGAAGUAACUG